AUGAUGAUUGCCGCGUCCUCCCCGUCCGCUUGCACUCCUCCGAGCGCUGCCUCUCCCUCCUAUCCUCAGCCCUUCCCUUCCCACCCGUUCCUCCGCCCCUUCCCUUCCCUCCACUCCACCUUCCGCCCUCUCCCCUCCUACGACCCCUUCCUACCUCCCCCCCUUCAAUCCUCUCCCCCUACCUUCCCUCCCCCGCUCCUUCCACGACCGCUUGCACUCCCCCGUGCGCCGCCUCUCCCUCCUCCACCCGCCUUUGCCUCUCUCCCUUCCCCCGCGUCCCCUCUCCCCAUCCCCUCCCCCUUAAAACCCAGCCGCCCCACCUUCCACGACCGCUUGCACUCCCCCGUGCGCCGCCUCUCGCCCCUCCCCCUCACGCCUUUCCCCCUUCACUUCCUCCCCUUUUCCCCCUCCCCCCAUUCCUCCGCUCCCUCAACCCCCUCCCCCGCCCCACCUUCCACGACCGCUUGCACUCCCCCGUGCGCCGCCUCUCCCCCCUCCCCCUCACGCCUUUCCCCAUCCAGCCUCCCUCCACCCUUCCCCCCCUUCCCCCCCCCCCACCCCUCUCACCUUCCACGACCGCUUGCACCAGUGCGCCAGUUCCACCAGCGCGUCUGCAGGCUGCGCUGCCUCUCCCUCAUCCCCCACUCCCCCGUUCCCCAUCCCCCAUCCCCCAUUCCCCGGCCCGCCAUUCUGCCUCCCAUCCCCCAUUCCCCCGUUCCCCAUCCCCCAUCCCCCAUCCCCCAUUUCCCCGUCCGCCAUUCUGCCUCCCGUCCCGCAUUCCCCACUGCGCGAGCUGGCCAAUACGGACUCGCCAUCUGGACUCGCGGCGACGGCUGUGAUUGGCUCUCCGUCGCCCUCCAACGUCCGCACGACCUUCCCCGUGGUGAGAUCGACGAUCUUUACCGCGUCCGCGCAAGGACAUGCCACGUGGCGUCCAUCCGGAAAGACUGCCACGUGGCCGCCUGUGUAGAAGACCUCGAGGCUUAG